AUGUUAGAUUGCCUAUGCGCGGAAUUUCGGGGGGCAACAUACGAUAACGAAAACUUCAGUUGUGAAUUAGUCAAAUCGUUUGAAUUGCAGAGCAUUCACAAACGGCCUUCGGAAGAAAUACUAUUAGAUUCUCAAGUGCAGGAAUCGAAAGUGAGUGGCAUCGAAUUGGCAACGACGGAUAUUCAAGACAAUUCAACAUUGAGUUGCGAAUCGGUCGAUUCUUUUAAAGAAUCACUAGAGAGUAUUUCUAAAGAGCCUUUGGAAGCAAUAAUAUCGGAUCCUGAAUUAUCCGAAGAGAAAUCGGAUAAAAUCUCGACUCCUUCAUCUUUGAGUUUAAACCGACUUUUAGAAGAAAAACAUGAAUAUUAUCUUCAUAAUAACGACCGACAUGUGAUAGCGGAACUUUUUGAAAAUCUGUUUGGUAAAAUCAAAAAAAUCGAUAGCGCAACUAAACACCUAAAGAAAAGCAUCAAAUCAUUUAAUGCAGAGGAUGGUUUGGAUGGUUCUCCAGACAGUGAGAUCGAUGCAUUCAAAAAAAUCGCUUUCACAGACAUGGGUUCGGCGUUUGAAAUUUAA